AUGGGCCGAACGCUUGAGAUUGCGGGUCAGGGCCCUAUCACGCUCGAGGAUGCACUAGAGGAAGAAUACAACGUCAUCAGCCGGCUCUCCUACGGACCAGCCAACGAGAAGCUCUAUCGCGAGCUGUGGGAAGAGCGGUCUUCCAUCGAAGCCCUGACCAGGCAUCAUUUAGGGCUAUCCAAGCGAGACUCCUGCAAGGUGCUGCCGCCAGCCAGCUGGAUCCGUGGCGCCUUCAAUGUUUGCGUCUUUGUCGACGUGCGGCGUGCCGUGCAUCAUGGCUCAUCCGAGCGGGUCGUCUUCCGUUGCCCCCUGCCGCACAAGCUGGCCGAGGCCAGAUACCCCGGCAGUAUAGACGAGAAGCUGAGCUGCGAGGUCGGCGCGCACAUCUGGGUGGAGGAGCAUUGCCCGGAGAUCCGCACUCCUCACCUCUUCGGUUUUGGUUUCUCGGACGGCCGCCACUUUACUCAUACGAGACACGUCUCGUUCUUUGUGCGCACCGUCCAUCGGUUCUGGCGGGCUGUCUAUCAGCUCUUCCGAUUUCCGCUGCUCUCCCGCUUUGUCAGGAACCCGCCCCGCCAAUCCCUGUCUUCGGCGUAUAUGGUCUUGGAGUAUCUGGGUCCCGAAACCGGCCAGACACUUUCGAAGACUUUCGACGCCUACCGAGGAGACAAGCCGCGGCGAGGAAGAUUGUUCAAGGGCAUAGCCCGGAUCAUGCUUUCACUGGCGCGUUUGCCUCAGCCGCGAAUCGGAUCCUUCCAGUUCCAUGACGACGGCACAAUAACGCUGACGAACCGGCCUCUCUCGUGUUCGGUCAUGAUCUUGGAGAACGAGGGCGCAACCAGGACCAUGCAGAGUGGCGAGACGUACAACUGUACCGACGCCUUCGUGUCCGACAUGCUCACGUUUCAUGAUCACCGCUUUCUGAGCCAACCAAACGCUGUCUUCGACGAGAACGACUGCUACACCCAGAUGGCGGUCAAGACGCUCCUACGGGUGUUGUCGCACGCGCACAUCAAACGAGAGCUCCGCAACGGGCCGUUCCCGCUACAGCUUACAGAUUUGCAUGCGAGCAAUAUCUUCGUCGACGACCAGUGGAACGUCACCGGCCUGAUAGACCUGGAAUGGCUGUGCGCUCUGCCAGCCGAGAUGCUCGAUGUGCCGUACUGGCUAACCGGCUGUGCCAUUGACGAGAUCAAGGGGGAAAAACUUGCCCACUUCGAUGAGGUGCGACAGGAGUUCAUGCGGAUAUUCGAAGAGGAGGCCCAGACCGCCAAGUCAACGACUCAGGCAGGACACAACCUGGAUCUCGGAAAAAUCAUGCAAGACGUGUGGGAAUCAAAAGGAGUGUGGUUCUGGCAUUGCCUCUCGUCUGUCAAUGCUAUGUAUCUCCUUCUCGAGGCUCAUUUCUUCCCAUCGCUAUCCCUCGAAGCCGACAAGCUCAUCUCGAAGUUUUGGUGUCAGGACCCGGAGGAUGUUGUGAGGAAAAAGCUCGCUGACAAAAGAGCGUACGACGAGGAGCUUCGAAGCUUGUUUCAUAAUGAGUGAUUGUGGAGAUGUCGAACGGCGUCCAAAUGCCGGCAAUGGUGGAAUAGAAGCAAGUAGGCGUAGCGCGUGGGCGCUGUGGGUUGUUGUACGCCCCUCGGCAAUCUGUCCUCUACCGAGCCAAGUCGAUCCUUCAGCGGUCUCCUUCGUUCUUCUUUUCAUCUUCUCCCUCUUUCUCCUUGUUCUCCUUCUUCCGCUGUCUCUUCUCUCGGGCUCGCUGGCCAGAAGAGAUGACAGCAGCCAUGUCCUGCGCAUUCCCCUUCACGGCGACGUCCGCAUCCUCCACCACACCACUGUAUUCCCCGGAAGAGUGGCCGUCCUUCACGUCCUCGGGCAUUUUCCCUUUUUCCUCCCGCACAACUGUGAAUGGGAUGGGCCGGUCUCAGGAGGUGCUAGC